ACCCCUUCCUACCCCUACCCAACAAUAAAUUCAACCAAAAUUUACCCUGAUAGUUCUCAAAUUCUAUUUUAUGAGAAACUGAGAAAGUUCACACUCAUUUACAUUUCUAUCAGAAAGUUAAUUGCUUCUGUGGGCCAUAACAGGGUUGCAAUCAAUCUUCAGUAAUUAUUCGUAAGUGUUAAGUUUUGAUGAACGUGUAAAUUUGUGAAUUGAAUUUUCGCAGAAAAUGUCCGUAGCUUUCGCUCAAAGAGGCAGGCCUCCUCCUAACCCGACUCAAAUUCAAAAUAUGUUGAAUGAAAACAGUCAAUUACUUCAGACUAUUCAAGAGUAUCAAAAUAAAGGAAAAGCUCAAGAAUGUGUGCAAUAUCAACAAAUUUUACAUCGAAAUUUGGUAUAUUUGGCUUCAAUCGCCGAUUCUAAUCAAAAUAUUCAAGCAUUGCUACCUCCACCACAAGGCGUACUUGUUCCUCCCGUUCAACAUGGGAUGCAUAACGCUAACGCGCCGCCUUCGCAAGGAGCUGUGCCGCCAUCUAAUGAAAUACCUAAUCCACAAGCACCUCCGCCGAAUAACUUCCCUCCUCAAUCGAACGUAUAUCGUGGUCAACCUCAACCUGUGAAUCCGCAACGACCGCCUGGAAACGCCGGCCCACAACAGUAUAGACCUAAUAUGCCAGGAUAUCCACAACAAAGUCCCCAUCAAAACUUCGGCAAUAACCAGUACCCAGGUCCGGGUCCAAAUCACGCUCCUCCUCAACCUAAUUAUAAUUCAGCAUCGCAGCAACCUCCAGGAGGUGCUCAAGGAGGUCCUUAUCAGCCGUCACCAGGCAGUUACCCACCUUCACAGGCACCAAGUCCGUACAAUCAACCUGCUCCCAAUAGUUACGGUCCGCCAUCUUCAGUUUCUCCAGGAAAUCCAAACUAUGGGCCGCCGGUGCAAUCGCAAUCUGGAUACCCGAAUGGACCUGGUUAUCCUCCCAAUGCGCAACAACCGAAUUAUGGUCCUGGUUAUGGCCAAUCUGCGUAUGGCCCCGGCUCGCAAAACAUUGCGCAAGGAGCUCCAAAUGCGGGCUAUCCUGGUGGGUAUCCACCGUCUAAUUACCCUGCACAACAAAACAGCUAUCCUCCCAUCAGUGCGGCGUCUCAAGGAAAUGUCAACCCACAACCGGCUUACUCCCAAACAACAGCUUCUCCUUCAGCUUCUACUCAAACGUAUCCCGCCAACAAUGCUCCAAAUUAUCCGCCCGUAUCGCAGCCAAAUCCGAACAACCCUCCUAAUUCGUCUUAUCAGUCCAAUCCUUCGGCGCAAGGACCUCCUCAGCCUGGUUAUGGUCCAACGCCUCCUGCACAGAGUCAUCCUCCACCGCAAUCAUAUCCUCCGAAUCAGGGUCAGCCUCCUCAAGGAUAUCCAACGCAAAAUUAUCCUCAACAAGGAUACGGACCUCAGACAUACCCAUCAGUUCCCGGACAACCGGCUGCAACUUAUCAGCAAUAUCAAAGACCACCUGGACCCCAACCUCAACCCGCUCCACAAGCACAGCCGUCGCAGUAUCCUAAUUACAAUUAUCAACCUCCUCCUCAGUAAGAUUGAUGGGGAAUUUGUUCGGUGUAAGUUAAUAACGUUGUGAUUCAGGUGUUGGACUACUAUUUUUUUUUUUUUUUUUUUUUUUACAAUGAUUCCGAUUAUUUACUACUUAUUUAUUGACUUACGAUUAGUUUGACUUUAGCAAGUCCGAAGUGUACAAAGUAUUUGAAAUAAUCCGUGUCCUCUUUAUAUUGUUGUGUUUAGGAUUUAGAAGCUAAUUUUUUAAUUCUAAUAAUUCAAUGGCACUGGUUGUCACUUGUGUGAAUAUUUGUGAAUGUUAUUUUUUUUUUUUUGGUUCGAUUUGUUGUUUUUGAGUUUGUUCUUAUUCCGACUGACCUGAUUAAGUGUAUAAUUUUUUGAUGACAUAAAAAUCCGAAGUUUAGCAUUCCGUAAAGUAGAAAAGAAACAAAUUUUAAUUGAAUUUCAUACUCCGUUUUUUAAGAACCUUUGCUGUGAUAUUUGAAUGUUAAUAUAUAAGUAUUAAUUUGUGAAUGUAGUAAUUGAAAAAAAAUUGUACCUAUUAUUUAACACAGUACAAGUAUUCAGGUAUAAGCGUCAACUUUUCUCUUCGGACAAUGUUAUAUUUUUAAAUUAAUUUAAUUAAGGGGCUUUUUGCUUGCUUAUUAUAAUUUAGUAAGCAUCUAGAAUGAUUUUUGGAGCGAGCGUUUUUUUUGUGGUAGCAAAAUUAUGGGACGUCUGUUUUAUUAAAAAUAUUGUUUUUGUGUAUUAGAUAGUAGAGAUAAAUGGCGAUAUACGCUUUUCAUAGAAAAGUAGUAAUUGAAUUUCAUACAUUCAUUACAUUAAAUUACUAAUUAUGUUUAAUGCAUCAUAGUAAAAUUAAUGAAUUCAGGACUGCGUUUUUUAUUUUUGCUUGAAAUUUUUUAUCAUCUGCGUUCAAAGCGCUUUUGUUAUAUUUUUAUGUGAUUGUAAAAUAUUAUUAAUUUGUAUUUUGAAUUUAAAAUAAAGUUUAGCUUUUAAGUUCAUUA